CCGCACCACCGCCUGAACCACAGAGUCGGGAGUCCUCAGCAGCUGUGUUACAUGGUUCUUCUGGGCCAGGCCCUCCAGGACACUCUGCUGCACAGACGGGAAUUUCGAGCCUGGGAGGAGAGACGCGCAGCGGGCACCAGAUGCUGGGAUUGGUCGGACGCUCCACGUUGCACGAACCUAAACAGCAGCGUAAAAGCAGAGACGGCCGGAGGAUGAAGCAGCCUCAGCAUCCUCAGCAUCCGAGCCAGGCGCACGUAGCCCGCGGUGGAUGAAAUCAAAAUAGCAAUGUGUGACUACUGCACGAGAGAACGGUGAUAAAUUAGACUGUCGAGGGAUAUUGUGUGGUUCCGCACCGGAUCUUCAGUCUGUUGACAGGCGGCAACGCAGCGCCAGACAACACGGCGCUGCUACACCAUCCACUGAGGAGCAUCUGCUGGCUGGAAACUGAAGCUGAUCAUGGUUUUAUCCUUUUGGUAAUAUUGCCUGAACUGAGAACACAAACACCACCUGUAUCUGUAGAAAUAAUAAUAAUAAUAACAUGGGUUCCAGACUGAGCAGGCAGAGCAGCCUGGACAAUGAGAAUUUCUCCAAAAAGCGACGCAAGCUUCUAGAUAGCGCGGGAGAGAGCGACAGGGGCAGUCGGGGCGGCGGGGACUUUCUGUUUGCUCUGAUGCUGAAAUCAGACAAGCUGCCUGGGAUGCUGCGGAGGACCAACCACAGCCCAUACAUGAGGCGAGUGUCGUGGAUCAAAGAGAUACAGAAGCUGCUCCGUGAUCGCAGGAUCGAGCAGGCAACCGACGUGCUCAAAUUACUGAGGAAGGAUCUGGGUUUGGAAGGCACCUCACUAAACGACAUCUUAUACAAGAACGCUGCCUUCCUCAACCUGGUGGACCCAAUCUCACAUGAGCUGCUGCUGAGUUUGGCCCGAGAGAUGCAGUGUCCUAAGAAGGAUGCAGACACCAUAAAGUCUUCAGAUAAGAUUUGCAGACAGCUGAUCUACCACCUGACCCCGCACUCAAAGUGGCUGAGGCAGAGCAUGUCCAGACGGAAAUCCCAGGCCUGUCUCAAGACAACCCUACAGAAAAAGCUGUCCAGUGACAGUGUCGACCUGUCCGGCAUCCCUCUAUCCACCCGUGAUGUCCGCCAAGUCGCCUUCUACCUCCAAACCAACAGAGACAGUGUGGUGGCUGUGGACAUCAGCUUCACCGAUCUCCAAGACGACAACCUGAGGUUCCUCCUGCCUCUUCUGGCUUCGCUGCCCAAACUCAGCACCCUGGCUCUUAACGGUAACCGCCUCACCCUGGCCAUACUCAAAGACCUCACAGAGAUGCUGAAAGACCCCAAGAUGUUCUCCAGCCUGGCCUGGAUAGACUUGGGCAACAACGUCGACAUUUUCACCAUGCCGCAGCCACUGCUAGUCGCUUUACGUCGGCGCUGCAGCCUGAAGAGCAGUCUGCCCACCAUCUAUGAGUACACGGAGGGCCAGCCCUACUGCUACCACCUGGAGACGUCUAUCGAGGAGCCCAGCCACUACGAGGAGGAAGAGGAGGACGAAGAAGAGGCAGAGGAUGAUGAGGAUGACAUGGGGAACAAAUUUGAGUUGGAGCCAUGGGGCUUAGGGGAGAAGCAGCUCUCCAAAGACUUCACCCUUCACUACUGUGAGAGGUGAUGGGGAGUUUUGCUCUGAGGCUCUUCGACUGUGGUUGAAAUGUCGUCCCACAGCACUCCGUUACUUCCUUCGCCCUCCCGUCCUCACACCACGAGCCCAGUCACCCUUUGAGGCACGGGGGAGACCAGUGCCCACAUUGUGAAAUUCUCGUCCCGACACGGCUACCAAGCUAUUCCUAACCAUCUCUGAGUUAACCCACACAAGAUGACAGUGAAGUGACGGUCGCGAUUGCGGACUUACUGUGUUGGUGGAUGGUGCUCUUGGGAACAAGGUGCGGUUUCAUUGGAGGGGGGCUGGAAGAGUUAAUGAACCGGUGUGCUCUCUCUUUCUCUCUCUUUCUCUCUCUCUCUCCCCCUGUCUCUCUCUAUCUCUCUCUCUCUCUCUUUCUC